UCUUGUCUUAUUCUUAGCAAUUAUUGGUUUUUUUUCUACCUCCAUGUAAAUUCGACCCAACUACACAACGAAAGAUCGAUGGCUCAGAUGUUGCAAUUUAUGAUGCUGUGAAUCUGUCAUGUAAUAAAUAGAGUCUUCGACUUGUUACGGAGCAAAACCAUCUUAGCUCUCGAGCGGAAGAGUCAUGGAUUUUGUUGCACUAGCCACCAUUUCCGAGCUCCUUCUCGCGUUGGUCUUUCUCCAAGUAGGAGCAGGGUCAGGUGAAGCUAUUGGGUUCACAUUCAACGGCUUCCGGUCGGUCAACUUGGAUCUGGACGGGAUUGCAGAAAUCACCCAGAAUGGCCUGCUCAGGCUGACCAAUGAAACUAAGCAGAUGAUGGGUCACGCAUUUUAUCCCAACCCAGUGCGCUUCAAGAACUCGAAUGGAGGUUCUGUCUUCUCCUUCUCCACCACGUUCGUGUUCGCGAUCACCUCCAAGGACCAGGUCGGGGGUGGCCAUGGGAUUGCCUUCGUGGUCGCCCCCCAGAGAGGCCUCCCCGGAGCACUUCCAAGCACUUAUUUUGGACUCUUUAAUGGGUCAAAUAACGGGAACGCCACGAACCACGUAUUUGCCGUCGAGCUCGACACGGUCCGAAGUCCUGAGUUCCAGGACAUCGAUGAUAACCAUGUCGGGAUUGACAUCAACGGACUGGUUUCGGCCAUAUCUGCUCCAGCAGGGUACUAUGUUGACGGUGGUGAUGGAAAAUUUGAGAACCUGACUCUGAUCAGCGGCCAACCAAUGCAAGUCUGGGUGGACUACGAUGGGAUGGAGAAAAGAAUUGAUGUAACUUUAGCACCCUUCAAGGCCGUGAAACCAAGCACUCCACUCCUCUCCAUGUCACUUGAUCUCUCGACAGUGGUCAAGGAGAACAUGUUUGUCGGGUUCUCGUCCUCGACAGGUUCAUUCUUAUUUUCCCGUAAUUACAUUCUCGGCUGGAGUUUCCAGAUGAAUGGACAGGUGCAAGGGCUUGAGCUGUCUAAGCUUCCUGACCUUCCUCGACUAGGAAAGAAGCCAACUUCUAAGCUGCUAACAAUCGGGGUGCCUGUGAUGUGCUUAUUUUCCGUAUCUGUGUUAAUCUCGGGACUGGUCUAUUACGUUAGAACGAAGAGGAAGUACGCAGAGGUUCUCGAAGACUGGGAGCUCGAUUAUGGGCCACACCGGUUCAAGUAUAAGGAUCUCUAUAUUGCCACCCGGGGAUUCCGGGACCAGGAGUUGUUGGGGACUGGUGGUUUUGGGACUGUCUACAGAGGGAUAUUGCCCACUUCCAAGUUUGAGAUCGCUGUGAAGAGGAUCUCUCAUAAUUCCAGGCAAGGGAUCCGGGAAUUUGUGGCAGAGAUUGUUAGCAUUGGCCGGCUCCGGCACCGCAACCUAGUCACUCUCCUUGGGUACUGCCGGAGGAAGGGAGAGCUCCUUUUGGUGUACGAUUACAUGCCGAAUGGGAGCCUCGACAAGUACCUCUUCAACCAACCCAAGGUCACCCUCAGUUGGACCCAAAGGUUUAGGGUCAUAAAGGGAGUGGCCUCAGGGCUCUUGUACCUCCAUGAAGGGUGGGACCAGGUCGUGAUCCACCGUGACAUUAAGGCGAGUAACGUCCUCCUCGAUGCCGAAUUGAAUGGGAGAUUAGGAGAUUUCGGGCUUGCAAGGCUGUACGACCACGGGACUGAUCCACAGACCACCCACGUGGUGGGGACUCUUGGGUACCUUGCUCCGGAGCAUACCAGGACAGGCAGGGCCACGAAGGCUACGGAUGUCUUUGCAUUCGGGGCUUUCCUCCUUGAGGUUGCAACUGGAAGGAGGCCGAUUGAGGCACGAGGAACUGAGGAUCUGAUCUUGGUUGACUGGGUCUACUCCUGCUGGAGCAAAGGAGGGGCGAUUCUGGAGGCAAGGGACCCAAACUUGGGUGACGAGUUCGUGGCCAAGGAAGUUGAGCUGGUGCUGAAGCUGGGCCUGGUGUGCUCGCACGCUGAGCCAGAGGUGAGGCCAACUAUGCGGCAAGUGGUGCAGUACUUGGAAGGAGACAUGCCGAUACAGCACUUAUCGUCCUCCCUCGACAUCUAUUCGAGUGGAUUCAGGAACAAGCAUCGAGUGGGAUUUGAUGAUUUUGUUAUGUCGUACCCUUCCUCAAUGGACAAGGAUUUCUCAACCUCGUCCACCGUGGCAGACUCAAUUCUGUCAGGUGGAAGAUGAUCGAUCUCCCAUUGAGGUUUCGUGUUGGAAUUGUCUGUACUAGAUGCUUCUUGUGUGCCUUAGUGAACUUCACAGGGUUUUACUAUGUGUCAUGUAUCGUAGGAUAGUUUUUCUUCGGAAUUAGUAUUAUACCUUGGAAGCAUCCAUAUAACCCUCGAAUCCAGGGACGAUAGUGAGCAUAUAGAUAGAAAAGCUCAAUCCAUGAGGCAAUGAUGCAUAGCAAAAGAUCCAUGUCUAAUUCCAAGGUGAAAGUAAAUUGAGAUCUCCUGUUAAAAUUCCUAUUUGAACUGAAGGAAGCAACUGGAGAUUUCAUCUCGUUAGAUUGCCUUGGAUUAAUAUACACCGAUCUUUUGCAAUGCAUGAUUUGAUUGCCUCGCUGAUCAAGCUAUCUUAGACGUCAUCAAUGGAGUGACGCACAGCUUGGGACGAUCGAAGAAUCAAACUUGGCUAAGCCCUGGAUGAUUAAUGCUUUAUGAAGUGUCAUAGAACAUUACACUAGAAGGAUUCUAGAGAAGAACUUGUUAUGUGAAGUCGACGAGCAAUAAAGUACAGAGGGAACAUAUAUGGAGUUCAUUGACUGCA